AACUUCAGUUCCCACUUCGUAAAGCCUUAAUAUAUAAUAUUUAUGCGAUGAUCCAAAUAAAAAAUAUCGUCCUCACUUCUUUUACGUAUUUUGCAAUUAAAUGGUAUACGCAUAUCCCUAAAGUAAUAAUGCAAAAAUAAGGAACGUCAAAAUCGUGUGUUUUUACUUGUUAACAUUUAAUUUAAUUAAACAAUUUUGUUCAUAUUACUUUUGAAGCAUGUUUAAAUCUAUGCGAGUCAAAAUCUCUUAUCGAGACAUCGAUAAACACUUUCGAUAAGAAACAGUCGAUAGUCGAUAGUUUGUUACGUCUUUCGUAUGUACACAGUUGUAUAUAUACAGUGUAGUAUGCAAAAGAUUGCAAAAUCACAUUAAAAGAUAAAAUGUUAAACCAGAGAAGAGAAAAUGAUUCAAUUUGUUUUGUGUAAAGAAUGAAUAUCAUGUCUCGAAAAGAAUUAUGGUCUAUUUGCAGCAUUAAAAACGAAUUAGUUAUUUAUUUAAUAGUUCAAUGAAAGGAACGAAAACAUGUAACUGCAUUUGCUAAACAUUUUCAUACUAUUAUGAUAGAAGAAUAAAAUUUAAAACAGUUUUAAAAAGAAGCAUACAAAAUAACAGUACUUUUCAGAAAACGAAACUCUUAUAGCAAUUUUCCAUUAAUACGAAAAUUUUUUAAAAUGUCUAAUUAUCUAUUUAAUGCGGAAUUCAAAUCAAUAAAUCCAACAUCUAUCUUGUUUAAUGUUAUAAUCUUGGAUGAGUGAUACAUCUGUCUGUUAUGUAUGUUGAAAACAUACAAAAACAGUAUAGCGUCAAACAUAACAUUUCAAGGCAUCAAUGUUAUUAAUGCAAUUAUAACACAUGUAUUUAAUGUUAUACGUUUUAUACAUUAUGUUUACAGUUUUUAGUAAAAAGUAAACAAGUGUAUUGUAUUGUGUAAUUUGAAAAUUUCAAAUGUUAUGAAACAAUGUAGAUUUGAAAAUUAUGAUUUUCAUUGUAUGAAAUGCAGUUUUCUGAUCAGUAAUAAUGAACAAAGGAAAUGUAACAAGUGUCAUAAAUUCUGUGACACCAAUGAUGAUGUUUGAUAGCAUUAAAAAUCACACAAGUGCUAUGGCAACUAACAUAUCCAAUGAAACAUCAUCCGAAGCAUACAUAUAUUCUACAGAAGAAAGUGGCAAUGCUCAACAGUUAUGGAACAUUUCUAAAGCCACAACAACAUCGCCUAAUAGUACAUCAGUUUUAUUUGAUACAUCAAGCACCAAUGUAUAUAUGUCUACAACAACAGAAACUUUUGAUGAAUUUGGUCCACCAGAUGGAAUAGAAUACAUUUUUGUACCGCUUGGUGUAGUGGUCUUUGUUAUUAUUUUAUCAGCUGUGGUAUGGGUAAUAAUAAUCUCAAGGAAAAGAAAAUUAGAACGUUUAAGGCAUAGACUUAUGCCAAUGUAUAACUUUGACCCUGGAGAAGAAGAAGAAGAUGAUUGGGAAACUGAAUUAUUGGAAGAAUGUUACAGUAAUCAUCAAAGACGCCAAGGAUAUCAAUCUAUGGACACAGAAGAAAAUGCUGAACUUUUCGGAAAUCGUUGACAAAAUAUUUAUAAUAGUCUCUUAAAAAACUUUAUAUUACUUGCAACUUACCAGAUUAAAACUUCAAAUAUUUAUUAGAUUUAUACAUUUAUUUAAUGCUUGAAAAAAACUUGUAUAUAUCUUAAAUUUGAAAGAUAAAAUACAUGUUCAAAAAUUUUGUAUAUAGAAGAUACUUCGCAGUACAUUUAAAUGUCAUAAUUGACUUACAACAGAUGUUGUAUCAGUAUACGUCAUUUACUUCGAUAUUAAACAAAUACAUUUAUGCUUGACAUAUAUAUUUCAUAAUAGAAAAGCAUAGAGACAAACAUGACUAAAGUUUUCUUUUAAUAUUCUUUAAUAUAAUCUAAUUAAUAUUGAUUGUACACAGUUCAUAAGUUUUUUUUUUUAUAAAUAUACAGUUCUUAUUAUGUGCUUAAAUUUGAAUCAUAGUAUAUAUGCACAAGAUGUUAGAAAAAAAAGGUAAAUGAGAUUAAAAGCAAAUAAUAUUUGUGAAAUAGAAAAGUUCUAUUAAACAUUAAUCUUUUACCGAAAUUCUUAUUUAAAAAUUAUCGAAUGUUAAGUGCUAAAUCAUCUGAAGUUUUAUUCACCCUUAAGUUUGCCUUUUGUGUCUAACAUUGUAAACAGGUGUUUCUUUUCCUCCGAAAAUAUAUCAAUAGAAUGAAAUAUGAACAUUGUUCAAUAAAUAUGAAAGAGAAAGGAACACAAAAAAAUAGAAUAAUUAGUGUAUAGUAGAGCAUUAGCGAAAUACUACUACAAUAUUCCAAAGGAUAUUUUUUUCUUCUAUAAUGAGUAGUAUUAUUUGACUGUAUUAUAAAAUUGUCUAUGAAAGAAAAGUAAAAAAGUUGUUGGAGUUAGAAAAUUUAAAAUUUAAGUAGCAUUAAGUGUAAAGUACAAUACAUUAGUAAGAGUCAGUUUAUAAGUUUAUUUACUUUAAUACAAAUUUGACAUUCACACAAAUGUUUGCCUCAAGAACAAUGUUCACAUGAUUAAAUUGAAUUAAAAAGUGAUACUUUUUCUAUAUGA